UGCGCUCAGCGGCGUCGCAUUCGCAUAUGAUUGCAUAUUGACGUUGGUGCGUGAACUCGCUUCCCGCUUGCCCCGCUUCGCCAUUUUCUUUGCCGCGGCGCAGAACACACAGUGCUUUGGAUUCUCCGAUUUUUCGAGCCGGAGUCGUAAAUUGGGUCCUCCAAAAGUGAGCGCAUCCAUUGUGCUGCAUUGCAAGUCCGUAGAGCUUGACACCCUUACGUGCCGCGUUUUACGAUUUCUCUUAUGGCGCUGUUCUGUUGACAUCGAAACUGAACAUUUUUCGCGAAUAAAAUUCAACGUCUUUGGUCAUUACGUGUAGCGCUACCUAAACAGUGAAGGGAUAUAAUAAAAAAUCUCUGCUUUCUCUACGUGAUUUUCGGCGUCUUUUUUGUCGUCGUUUCAACGUAAGAAAAAAAAACCUGCGGCACAGUUAUAACACGCGAGUGUGCGAGAGAAGCCAACAACCGAGUCACCGAGUGACGGGAUUAGAUCACCGUGUUCACGUUUUCCGGGCGUAGUACACGCUCCUCAAUAUACUGGACUUUUCUUCUACCGAAAGAAUACACUGAACGGAAUAAAAAAUGGAUCCAGGAUUCCCAGGACAGCACACUACGACGACAACCGUCACCACAAGCUCGACGACUCAACAACAAAAUAUACGAUUUGAUCCCUCUUACAUAAGAAGUAUUCCUGGCAUGCUGAAAGCAGCACAACUCAUUAUGGAUCUCCUCGGUUUCAUAUGCAUAACUGUAUCAGCAGACAGUAACCAUAGCCGAGGUAAUUGGUUCAACACAGUAGCAAUGCUUGGAUUCUGGAUCACAGGAUUUUUAUUGGCCUUCUAUAUCUUCCACGUUGUCGAAAAAUUCUCCAGGAUACCGUGGCAAAAAAUUGAAUUUAUUUACUGCGCUCUCUGGACAGUCUUUUAUUUGUUGGCGGCAUCUCUGGCGGCCGAUUGGGCUCGACAUAGCGAAGGAUUUGGCGUUGCUGCGUUCUUCGGGUUCGUCGCUAUGGUGGCGUACGGUUACGACGCCUGGUUGAAGUUCAACGGUGUUAAGCGUGGUUUCCCAGCCCAAGGCCAGCACGAAUCAUCGAAGCAAGUUUCGACGGUCACGAGUCCCGCUUACUAAAAAGAAAUCGACCACGAGAAACGACGUGAAAAUGAGGGAUGACAACGAAAAACAAGAAAACGAGCCUGAUUAAAUAUAGUUUUUCAGUUUCUUUUUCUUUAUUUAUUACAAUGUUUACUUUUACUUAAAACGGAUCACAGAACAACGUGAGAUGCUUAAGGGCGCUCAACGCGAGUCGAGUGAAAUCUUCUUCAUUCCUAACUAACCAAAUAAUCGCCUAAAAAUGAUGCAUCUGACAAAAGAAAAGCGCAUAAGACACUCGAACCCUUUUGAAAACAAUGCAUUUUCACUUUCAACAUCGCAUCAACGCCAAAGUAAAAAACGAGAAAAACGAAUCAGAAUCUAAGUAAGACGUGUACGGAGUUGACGAAUUCGUAGAGAAGGGAAAAACAACUGAAAAUCGAGACUGUACAUAUACCUGUUACAAAUCUAUGCACGAAUGAGUAUCUUGUUUCUCAGCGUUACGUAUCACAUGCCACUCGUUAGGUAACGCUUUUCCAUCCGUAUGUGCAUCCAAGUACAACCUAAAUAUACAUACAUAUAUACAAAGACAUGUAUCUUGUACGCUUAAGUAUAUAAAUACGCACCUCUUAAGAGUCUGUUGUGCACACACAAAAUAUUUAUUUCGCUGCUUUCGCAAAACGAUUUCCGGCAUAAUGGCUCUUACACGAUGACACGCUCUUACCGCGUUUCGGUCUUAAGAGGUUAUUAUUUAUACGAAAACAUUUUUUCCGAAGAAUGUUUUCGAAACUCUGCUUAAACACUAAAAUCAUAUAUUUUUGUUAGUAACUUUUAUCUUAUGUCCUUUCAAACUCUUCUCGUUUCGAUUAUCGUUGCCUUUUUUCUCUCUUUUUUUUUCCAUCAAAUCAUUGAUCAAAGAUAAUAUAUAUUUAAGCUAUUUUGCAAAUACCUUUAUGUGCUAUAUAUUUCUUAUCAUCACUUAUAAAACGUCGAUUUCGAUAUUACGUUUUUUCGUAUUAUUAAUAUUAUCAAUAAUUAGACUGUUCUUUUGGAUUGGAAAGUACUCAAGAUUUUUAAAUAUGAAUGAUAUUUUAAAAAAUAGUUUAGUUUAUUCUGUAGAUGUGUCAAAUGAUGAAUGAAAAUCUGGAACGAAGCUCUUCUCAGCUCGAGAGAUAACAUCUCCGAUUACAGUUGCACGCGUUCCAUUUAUUUAUUAUUAUUGAAUAUAUCCUUUUUAUUAUUAAGAUUAUUAUUGCCUCAACUGGGCUUAAAUCAACAAUAAUUUUUUUCUUAUUGUAAUAUCUUCAUUAUAUUAACAUUGUAAAAAAAAACGUUAUGAAAACCACAAAGUAUUAUAAACAUAUGUUUGAAGUUUUUUUCCUCGUCUUUUUUUAAAAGACGAAUUUGACUGUUACUUUUAUUCGUAACUUUUCUCAUUGCUGUCACUAUAAGACAUUUUUAAAUUUUAGUUAUUUUCUUACGAAUUUGUUCUCUAAUUGAUUGCUCGAAUAAUUUGCGUGUAAUUAUGUUCCAAAAAAUGAAUUUUUGAAUAUUUGUUGCUUGAAAAGACCACUUGCAUGCUGUGAAAACUUGGCUCAUCUCUUCGUUUCGUAGAUUCGAAGAAUCAUUAGUUUAUCAAAGUGUUGUAGCACUCGAAAACCGUUAGUUUAAAUCAACGAUUGAACUCUUUCAAUAUUUCAGACAUUUUUAUUCAUACGUUUGUGAAUAUUUAUCAUUCGAAUUACUUUAUAAAAUAAUUUUACAUCGUUUAUCGUUACGCUACGUUUGUCUUUCGUUUCUAAAAAUACACUGCAGAGUAGAAACGUGCGACUUGAAAAAGGUUUGUAUUCUGCUUCGAAAUAUCUUCGAUCGAUUUGUCCUUAAGAUUUUCGAGUUAAAUUCUCGUAGAAUUUUGUCAAUUCCAUGUUUGUUCAUAUCCAACUGAAUUUUCGAUACGUUCUCAAUCGUUUUUUUGACUUUGUUUCUCUUGAGACUUGACAUUUUUCGCUACAAAGGUAAGUUUUUAUUUUCAAACUUACACAGUUUUGAUAUUCAUCGAUUCUUUCGAUCUACUCACUCCUCUCUUUCUUACCGCUCUUUAUUUUUUACUACUAAUUUUCGUUUCAUUCGAGAAUGUAGCUGCGUGGAAUGAGAACAAAUGUUUCUUUCGCACAAACGUUGAAAGUUCAUGACAAUAAAUUAUUGUUCGUGGAAUUAAUGUGGUUACUUAUGCAUGCCCACAAAUCAAUGGACCAAUAUAUAUGCAUAUGACUAUGAAUAUAUCACUGUGAAAAUUAUAGAACGAGCAAUACGUACGUGUAAAUAAUUUUCGUCCCGCUCUGUACGCAUAUCGGAGUGAAAUAAUAUCGAAGCUCGAAUAACGUUAUUGAAAAAUUCUAAACAAGAUAAAGCUUUAUUAUUCAAACACGAAUAUAAAUUGUUGACGAUUUUUAGCGCGUUGAAAACAAAGAGAAAGAAAAUACCGAGAGAACGAAGUUUGCAGAGCAAAUUACCAGUUAUGCAAAUUUAUAUUGCUAUCAAUUUUACAAACGAAACUUUAAAUGAUGUACGACUCGUUGCUUGUUAUUACUUCGUAUACGUUAUACCACGAAUCCUCGAUAUAAUAUUAUAUUGCUGCGUUAAAACUGGUUUAUAUUUUCGAACAAUGUAAGUUGUAAUGAAAAUAUGCUGCUCACGGAUGUAUUGGCUGUGGCGAAGGAAUAAUCGACUCGAGCAGAAUCAUGGAAAUUCUCAUUUCCAUGGUAUUUUUCUAACGAGGAAAAAUCGUCGCGAGAGAACGUUUCGAUAAUUUCAGUUUUUUCAUUCAAGCACUGGAGGGUUGAGUAUUUAUUCAAAGUUUCAUUAUUUCAAGUUUGGACGAUCAAUUUUUCUGCCUAAAGACUCUCGUCAAGUUUUUAUAUCGGAAGUGCAAGUCAUUUCUCGAGACUCUAGAUUUAAUUCGAUCCUUCAAGUAUUCCAUUUCGCUGCGAUGCACUAAGACGAUAGAAUUGAAUCAUAUUUUGUUGAGACUCGAGUUCAACGAUGCCAAUACAUCAUCAUUCCGGGGCUUAAUGUCAAGAAAUAUAUCCGACGAAAACAUGAUUCUAGAAAUGUAGAAAAAAAUGUGUUAUACCUUGUGAAAUCUUCGUAGACGAUCUGUUAAUAAAUCGUCUUAAUAGAGUGAAAUAAAAACGCAGUUUUAGUAAUUGCCCAAAA